AUGGGAACCUAUAUGAGUUGGAUUCGGUUAACCUACUGUUCAAAGUUAUCACAUUUUUUCAACCCAAUCCCACUCAUACACCACCCGGCUCUGAAUCGAAACCGCGACCUUGGGGUUCCGGAGAAGCAUCUCAGCUUGGACAUCGGAGGAGAAGAUAGAGAAAGGGAAUGGAGAGUGAAACCUGGAAUUGAGUGA